AUGGAUAAAACGAUCGUUAAAACUUUGGAUCCAACAUACUUUGCUAAAAACGAUGAAUUUUUAAGACAUUUGCACAUCUUGGAUACGUUAGCAUAUGAGUCAUUAGAAGCUCAAAUAACUUUUAUCGGGGAAACAAUAAGGAAUCCAAAAAAUGUUGUUAAAAACAUUCAAUUGAAAUGGCAUGCUUCGACAAAAUUUUCAUGGUUUUAUAAUGUCAAACGAUCCUUGUUGAAUAAUAAUGGAUUUGUAGAUAUCAAUAUGUAUAGUGUAUCGGACAAUGACGAAGCGUGCAAUAUCGUCCGUCGUUGUAACAUAACCCUAUUUUUCAAUUCAUUGUUCGCGGAAUUUGACCCCGAAUCAUCAGAUCUCUCAAAAGUUGAUUAUAGAACGUUCUUUGACUAUAUCGUACCACCCUCCCUUUCGCAAUCAAUGGAAAUUUGGCAAUUGGGUUUAAAAUUGAAAACUCAAUUAUAUUUAUACAAAAUGCGUAAGGAUCCAUUGACAAAUAUUUUUAAUGAGUUGUUCCCAGAAGAGAUUGAAGGUCCACCAAUAUACAAGGAAGCGCAUAUCAAUCUUCGAAAUACGAUUAAAAAAUGUUCCGGAGAUAUGGACGCUCUGUUGAAAUAUUUUGGUUGGUAUACGUUCACUCAAGAGAUGUUUAUCUUCUUAUCUUGCAUAGCGGGAGAACUAGACAAGCCGGUAUUGCAUAAGCAUACAUCGAUCCACAAAUCACCAUUUUCAUCAUCUCCUAGUUCGACUCAGAUUUUUAAUGAGGAUUUAUUACAACAAAAAGGGUUUGACAGUCCAGGUGGUAAUGCAAAGAAAUCGAGGUCAAGUGAUUCUGAGCAGGAUCAAUUUGGUCUUAUGGUCGAUUAUAAUUUUGGUGAUUAUCAUAAAAGUGGAGAGGUAGCACAAGUGAUUUCACGUGAGAAAACGUACGACCAGAAUCUAAUUGUGAAGCAGCCCAAUUUGGCUAGGAUUGCCGCAAGCCGUAAACCGCAACGUUCGAGCCAUUUAGGCAUAUUUGGUACCAUAAACCUGUCCCCAAAAAUUAAUUCGGGUACAAGAAGACAAAAGAAUGUAGAGUCAUGUGCUUUUGUUUUAGGGCAAAGGAAUUCGUCAAUUCAAAAUCUUUCGGAACAAAAAGUAGUAGAUGAUGAGCAAACAUCUCCAGAAUCGUCAUUCGUGGAACAAAGCCCAUCUCGUAAACGAAUCAAAGGCAAUUCCAGAAAAUCAAUACCCCGGAGUAAAAAAAGAGCCAUUGAUAAUUAUCUCAACAUUGAUGAUGAAGUUGUUCAAAUUUCAACGAAACGAGUUAAUUGGAAUGAUGAGGAGUUACGCGCCCUUGAAGAAGGUAUGCGUGAACACGGCAAGGCGUGGUCUAAAAUAGAAAGAGAUUAUGGAGGACCCGGACAAGUCCUUGAGCGCCGAAAACAAGGACAAUUGAAAGAUAAGGCGCGUAGCGAAUAUAAUCGUCGACAAAAGGAUAACAUUGAACUUGGUGUCUUUGGGAUCUUUGAGAUGGAUUAA